UAAGAGUUUUAUUAGCAUCAUCAUGUUUGUAUGUUGUGUGUUGGUGUAUCACCUAAAGGAGAGCAUUAAUAUACAUUGAUUGUUAUCUAAAUGAAUUAUAUGUAUGACAUGUGUUUUAUGUCUCAAAACACUUAUGUGAAUUCUAUUAUGCAGUACAUGUUCCCAAUUCAGUGAAUUCUCGUGUAUCAUUCGUGCCAAUUUUUAAUGUGCUUAACUUCUCUUAUUGGAAUGAGCAAGUCCAGUUUCACCUCGGUGUAAUGGAUCUUGAUCUUGCUAUAUUGGAGGAGAAGUCUGCUACUAUUACUGAUGCUAGUAGCAAUGAAGAGAAAGUCCAUUAUAAAACUUGGGAAAGAUAUAACAGACUUAGCCUAAUGUUCUUGAGAAUGACUAUUGCAGACAAUAUUAAGACAAAUCUCCCUAAGACCGAUAGUGCUAAAGAGUUUAUGAGGUUACUGGGAAAGUGCUCUCAAAUAGUUGAUAAGUCUCUUCCUGGGACAUUAAUGGGUACACUAACCACCAUGAAGUUUAAUGGUUCACGUACUAUGCAUAAGCAUGCUAUUGAGAUGAUAAACAUUUCAGUAAGACUUAAGACCUUAUAAAUGGCUAUGAAUGAGAAUUUCCUUAUUUAGUUUAUUUUGAACCAUUACCAUCUGAGUAUGGCCCGUUCCAAAUGAGCUAUAAUACCAUGAUAGAUAAAUGGAAUAUGCAUGAAUUGCGCAGUAUGUUAGUUUAGGAAGGAACGAGGCUUAAGAAUCAAGGAAGUCACUCAAUCCAUUAUGUAAGCCACCAAGGGAAUCAAGGAGUUGGAAAGAAAUUUGUGAAGAAGCAUGAUAAAGGCAAAAGACCGUUAAAGAUUAAUGAAGACUCUUUACAAAUCUAGAAGAAGGCAUGAAAGAGUGAUAAUUGCCAUUUUAUGGGAAAUCUGGACACUUCUAGAAGGAUUGCCCAAAGCAUAAGUCUUGGUUCGAAAAGAAAGGGAUUCCUUACAAUCCAUACCAUAAGCCUAAAUGAGAAGUUGGUUUUCAUGGGGAAUAGAGUGAAAGCUCCAGUAGAAGUAGUUAGGACUUAUCGUUUAAAACUCAACACUGGACGUAAGUUAGAUUUACUGACAACUCUUUAUGUACCUGGUUUACAUAGGAAUUUAGUUUCAUUAUCUAAACUUGAUGUUACUGGAUACUCUUUUAAUUUUGCUAAUGAAUGUUUCAAUUUAUUUUAG